AUGAAGAGACCGCUAAUUGACGCAACCCUCUUCCAGUCCAUCUACCGAUCCCAGGACGUGAUUCAGGUCAACAUCCCCGCCGCGUCUGGUGAAAUGGGCGUCUUGGCCAACCACGUUCCUUCUAUCGAGCAGCUCAAGCCUGGUAUUGUCGAGGUGGUCGAAGAGAACAGUGGUGCGAAGCAGUUCUUCCUCGCUGGUGGGUUCGCCACCGUCCAGCCCGACUCUACCAUGAGCAUCAACGCCAUCGAGGGUUACCCCCUGGAGGACUUCAGCGCCGAGGCCAUCCGAGCUGGUAUUGCCGAGGCCCAGAAGGUUGCUAGCGGCAGCGGCAGCGAGCAGGAUAUCGCCGAGGCCAAGAUUGAGCUGGAGGUUCUGGAGACUCUUGCUGCCCAUGUGAAAUAG